GGUAGAUGUGAGACAGAAUAUUUACAUGGGUCUUUAAGAGGAUUUGGGGACUCAAAUGGAUCACUUUGUAUUUAUCCUACCAGGACCUGGCACAUAGUCCUACCAGAGAGGGAGUGUGUCAUACUUCUGAGUCACCGUGGAGGUUAAUGUGCUACUGGAAGCCACUUUGGUGAAAGGUUAGGGAAGAUAGGAAGUGAGGUGCUGACUCAAGGCUUUACCCUUACGCCUGGAACUGGAAAAUAGAGAGGAUUUUGGAGGGCCUUAAGCGCGGCAAGCAUGACAGAAUCAAGUGCCUCUGAGGUCAUCUUCAUCUCUGUCAAUCACAACCUCACCUUGAUGGGGAAGGUGUGGUUCAUUGUGAUGAUCUUCCUCCGUGUCCUGAUCCUCCUCUUCGCUGGUUAUCCGCUCUACCAGGAUGAGCAGGAGCGAUUUGUGUGCAACACCCUUCAGCCCGGCUGUGCCAACGUGUGCUAUGAUCUGUUUUCUCCCGUCUCUCUCUUCCGCUUCUGGCUGGUGCAGCUCAUCACCUUGUGUGUGCCCUACUUCAUUUUUAUCAUCUACGUAGUCCAUAAGGUCUCGAAUGGCCUCACUGUGGAUCUGAUCUCCUCGGGUCACAUCAAAGCUUUGCCGUUGUUCAAGAACCACCAGGAGUCGUUCAGCAAGACAUCUGUAAACAACAUGGCUGAGCAAGCGUGGGCCAGGCGCUUCACAGGAGCAUAUAUCAUCCAACUGUUGUUCAGAACAUUGCUGGAAGCAGGGUUUGGGGCAGCUCACUACUACCUGUUUGGUUUCUACAUCCCCAGGAGGUUCCUGUGCCAACAAUCACCGUGCACUACCCAGGUGGACUGCUACAUCUCCAGGCCCACUGAGAAGACUGUGAUGCUCAACUUCAUGCUCGGUGUGGCUGCUCUUUCCCUUUUCCUAAACGUGCUGGAUUUCAUCUGCGCCAUCAAACGCUCCGUGCGGCAGAAGAUCAAGAGAAAAAUGAUUGUGGAGAAGAUUUGUGAAGAAGAGCAGUGUUUCCUUUCAGGCAGUGGAGCCACCAGAGUUAUAGACCCAAACGCCUCCCUGGCUCAGCAGGAUCAAGAGACUGAGGCUGGUCCCACAGGGAGUUUCCGAAAGAGGGGAGGCAGCAAGGGAUCCUGCGCAGGGGGAGUGCUUGCUUUAGGUCAGGAACCCGCCUGCCUGGAGCGUGCCUCUCUUUCACACUACCCAGGCUGCAACACCAACGGAAACAACGGUUACUUUGUUACCCAGGAGGAGGCUCUGGAAAGGAACGGCAGUGAGGUGGCUCUAUGCCCCCCAGAGCCACUGGGGACACCUAGAUCCAUUCGUGUUAGCAAACGCAACCGAUUAAAACCGCCACCUCCACCAAGAAGAGAUUUUGGGUCUUCCUCCAGGGAGGCAGCAAGGCCCUUUGGGGACGUUUCCACAGCCACAGCAAUUUGUACCAGAAGGAUGGGUCAGUACACGCUGGUUGAGCUGGCUAGCGGCACAGAGCUACAGACCAAUGAUGAUGGGCAAGAGAAAAGAUCAGAGUGGGUGUGAGUGGAUUGCUUUAUUUCCAGGUUAUUUUGGAACAUAAGGAUGGGACAAAUACAUCUGUGAGAAACAGACAGAGAUAGUCCACGGCUCACACAAUGGUAACAACUGUUGGAUCUGCCAUCCUGCCAUGCUCUCUACCUCUUUUCAAAAUGCAGACUGCACUACCUACACUUGAGGAAAAUCCAAACCUGCUAUGCAUCCAUCUUAGACUCACAAGGUAUAAGGAUAUGUGUGUCUGUUGUAUAAAACAAUCAGAUCACAUUUCCUUUGAGGAGCGCUAGCUGACUGAUGACCAGAAUUCAAGUCGGGAAUAGGACCCUCUUAACAAAACAAGUCAAGAAUAACAGGACACCCUAGCCUUAAGCGUCCUUGAACAAACCCCAACCUUGAGAAAAUCUAAAAGAGUGUGCCCCACCUGUUUCUUCCCUUGUUGGCUUUCACCCCACAAUGUCCAUAAACAAAGACAUGCCUUGACCUGUCCUACAACCCCACCUCCAACCACAGACUAUAUGAUACCACCAUCUCCUUUGUGUUUGGGUCACUUAGGUCAAAGAACAAGGGUAGCCUUGUGCUUGGGGGUUUGGAUGACCUUUUGGAAUAAAAUGGUCAGGCCAAAUAUAAGGCAAUAAUCCGAUAAAGACGGUGUUCUUGAGUUUAUAGAAUUCUUCCGUCAGAAGUGAAGGACACUAUGAAGGCAGACAUGGGCUCACAAAGCAAUUAUGUUACCCCAUAGGGGCUCUGUAUUUAUGGAGACGGCUUGUCACUCUAUUUCAGGGCCUCGCGGAGCUUAGGAGGAAUACAAGCCUUAGCAUACACUGUCACUCAAAAUAGAGCACAGCGGAGCGCUGUAAUGGAGCGGUGUUGCCUGUUGCCCUUCAGGAUAAACGCUCUCUGUCGUCGUGGCUUUGGUUUCACCUUGAUCAAAGCCACAAUUCAUUUUGGUAUGACAGCAGCUCCCACAGUGACACAUCUACCUUAGACAGUAUACCGAAUACAGUGGAGCUGCUGUGCAUUUAAUUAACUUGUUCCUUUGCUCAAAUGUUUUUAGCAGCCAUUUCCAGUUGAAAUCCCUGGACUACCUUACACAGGUGAUUGUAAGGAGACUCCCACAGUUAAUCAUCAUAGUUGCACCUGCCUCUCUAUAGCCGAGGGGCCGGCCUCUGUGUAAACAGAUAGCUUUUGAUGUUCCUCCUCUUGUGGUUUCUUUGUAGGUGACAACAAAAGCUCCCCUCCCUCAUAUCUAACCUAUCUUUUGAGGGCUGCACCCUUAGUGUCAUGAGAGUGACCACGUGGGAUGUCCAUGAGACUCAGCGGGUCUGAAGAUGCCGCAUCUCCUUCAUACACUCAUUGUUUAGUGUAAAAGUGUAAAAAAAUAUAUUUUAAAGCCUGUUUGAUCUCUUAUCUUUCUAUGUUUCAUUGAUUCUUGAAUAUUACAAUGAUGAUGAUGUAACUUUUCAAAGCACUUUAUUUUUGUUUGAUCCAGUACAUUGUGCUGCGGUUGCUUCACCAAUACUGUGGUGAAAGGAUGCUGCCCUCCAGUGACGUGCAAUGUGAAAUGCUGCUUUAUAUUUUAUCCAACACUUGAAAUCAUAUGGGGGCAGUGGGUAAUAUGGCUAAUAAAUUGGUUCCUUUAAUAUUGUGUACAACAAUAUUCCCUAAAAUCCUCAUAUACCGGAUACUGCUACGAUAUAUUAUUCAGCUAAUCCAAAUAAUAGCCUGUAGUAAGGCUCAAACACAUGUUAUUAUCAGAUAACUAACACUAUCUGAGUGCUACCUGCAUUAUUGUUGGUAAGUAAGCACAUAUAAUUACCAUGACAAACAAAAUAACUAUUGAUAGUUGCUCAAAUAUCAGCCGUCCCUAUCCUGAGCCUUGCCCACCACCUAUAUACCCU